CAUUCGGUGUAGGUUGUUAGACUCGAAUUAGAAAUUCGCGGACCCGCGUUAGCAGCAAAUGGAAAACCGGCUGCAGGACUUAGGCGGUGAUAGGCCUCGUAUUAACAGCGCCAUCUUUAUUGGGGGCAAGGUGCAGCAGCGCAUAUGGACUUCCUAUUUCCUGGGUCGGGGCGGAGCAAUUUGAAGUGGAGCAUUUGUAUACAGCAAGCUGAAACCUAGAGAUGUAUGCAUGGAUACAGACCUUUAGUUUACAGGAUAUUAGUUGAGAAAAAAAUUGAAGACUGGGAUCUCCAAACAAGUUGUGACAGUCAGCAGAGUCAUCAGGAUCUGAAUAUCAUUGGCAUUUAACUGUUCUUUCAGAGGGAUCGAAGAAAACAGGAACAGGAUUGAUAUGCAGAUCUAUAAAAUGCCUCUCCUCCUCCCCGCCACUGGCUCUCCCACCUUUGCACAGGCACUGACUGGUCUCAGACCCUGAAGGAGAUAUAUAAACCAGUCCAGUUUUAAUGAUGUGUGGGCUCCACAAAGGACCAGAUUAAUUUCUCUCAGACUCAACCUGUUUUCUUCUGGUUUUCCCUCUCUCCUUACUUCAGUUUUCUGUUUGAAAGGUUGAUUUGCAGAGGAAAUCAAAUUCAGAUCUGAUAUUCAGUCUGUUUAUUAUAACCUAUUUAUCUCAGGAUUUUGAACAUUGAGGGGGGGAAAAGUACCAUUUACUCCGGAGAAAAACACAAAUAAUCAACAUGUGGGAGAGUCUGUGAAGAUUUUUCGGAAAUGUCCAAACACCAGCGCAGUCACACUGUGGAGAGACUGUGGAAAUGUGGGGAUUGUGGGAAGGGAUUUUUUUACCCAUGCCAGCUGGAAAUUCACCAACGCAGUCACACUGGGGAGAAGCCUUUCACCUGCUCUGAUUGUGGGAAAAGAUUCACUCGGUCAUCUGACAUGUUCAAACAUCAGCGAGUUCACACAGGGGAAAGACCAUUCACCUGCUCUGAUUGUGGAAAAGGAUUCAGUCAGUCAUCCGAACUGCUGAGACAUCAACGAGUUCACACUGGGGAGAAACCAUUCACCUGUUCUGAAUGUGGAAAAGGAUUCAGUCAGUCAUCCAGUCUACUAGAACACAAGCGAUUUCACACUGGGGAGAGACCAUUCACCUGUUCUGAAUGUGGGAAAGGAUUCACUCACUCAUCUAACCUACUGAUACACCAGCGAGUUCACACCGGGGAGAAACCGUUUAUCUGUUCUGAGUGUGGGAAGGGAUUCACUCGGUCAUCAAGUCUGCUGAUACAUCAGCGAGUUCACACUGGGCAGAGCCCAUUCAUAUGUUCCGAAUGUGGGAAAGUAUUCACUUGCUCAUCAAAACUGUUGACACACCAACGAAUUCACACUGGAGAGAAACCAUUUACCUGUUCUGACUGUGGGAAGGGAUUUACUAGAUCGUCCAGCCUGCUGAUACAUCAGCGAGUUCAUACUGGAGAGCGACCAUUCACUUGUUCUGAGUGUGGGAAAGCAUUCACUCAGACAACUCACCUGCUGAUUCACCAGCGCGUUCACACUGGAGAAAAACCAUUCAUCUGCUGUGACUGUGGGAAGGGAUUUGCUCGGUCAUCUAACCUGCUGAUACAUCAGCGAGUUCACUCUGGGGAGAGACCGUUCACCUGCUCUGAUUGUGGGAAGCGAUUCACUCAUUCAUCUAACCUGCUGAUACACCAGCGAGUUCAUACUGGGGAGAAACCAUUCACCUGUUCUGAGUGUGGAAAGAGAUUCACUCGAUCAUCGAACCUGUUAACACACCAGCAAAUUCACAAAGAACCACUGGCUUGAAAGAUUUUGCUCUGACUCACACCGAAGAACGAACUCUGGUCUUUAGGACAUUUGUACUGAUGUUAUUAAUCCUUGCUCAAUUAAAGAUGCUGAAAGUACAGAUAAAUGUUCAUAACAAUUAGUGUAAUGUAGGCUAUGUGUCGGAAAAUGUGUUGUUGGAAAAACAUAGCAGGUCAGGCAUCAUCCGAGGAGCAGGAGAAUCGACGUUUCA